AUGACAGGCGUAGUGGAUUCACUGCCGAGUUACCACAAUCAAUGGUCUCAAUUUUCUGAAAUUUCUAUGGAGCUGCCUGAUCGAGAGGUUAAUGUGGGCCCCAAUUUCGACCUUACUAUACCAAGAGCAAGACAUCGAAGGCCCUUGCCAGAGGUAAUUGCGAACAAUCUUCAAUUCGCAAUCGACAUUAUAGAACAGUCACCUAGAAAUAUGGUCCUUGAAAAUCAAACUCCAUGGUGUCACCGCAAACUCUAUCAAAAUUAUAUGCCAAGGGCAAUGCAGGAUGCUUUCGCUUGCUGCUCUCUAUAUAUGUCCAAGAAUGAGACAAACGCAGCAGUUAUAAUGGCCCUAUUCGAUGCAAGAAUAAUAGACCUUAUAUCAACCCCCGAACCAACUACUACUAUUGAAAUACUUGCACGGGUCCACGCUUUGCUUUUAUAUCAAGUCAUGCGACUAUUCGAUGGCGACAUCCGCUCUCAAGCGACAGCAGGCGCCCUUUUCACAUCGCUCGAGUCUUCCGUUCUGACCCUUUUGAGCCACCUAUAUCUUCCACUCCCAUCAGACUCCGUGGAACCAACGCCGCUAUCCAUCGAUGCUGUCCACGACUUUUGGGACUCCUGGAUCCUCCAAGAAUCCGCCCGCAGAACCGUUCUGCUCGCAUUUUUCUUUAUGCAAAUAUACAAAGUGCUUCAGGGCACUCCUAACCUGGUCUGCGAUGGGAAACUCGGCAUCCAGCAUUCCUGGUAUCUAUCAUCCCACCUUUGGAACGCUCGGAGUGCUUUUGAUUUCGCUGUGGCGUGGGCAGAGAAGCCACAUUAUAUCGUGGGCAAUCUGGACUUCUCUUGGGUCCUGACUAGUGCACAGCCAGAUGAUCUGGAUAUGUUUGGCAAAAUGAUAUUAGCUACUCUAUUAGGGAUUGAUACGACUAAGACGUGGUUUCAUAGGAGGGGGGCUAUAUUCCCAUAA